AGAAAGGGUUUCCCGAUGGAUUCCCCAAGAACGCAAUUAAAUCCGACCACUUUCCUCAAAUAUUGCCACACCACCAAUAAAAUGUACGUAUAAAAACGCUGCAAGAAACCAUCAAAUCACUCGUAAUCAAAACAAAACUCCGAAAUGAAGAUCUUAUUUUAUUUUUUCUUCGUCACUCUCAUCGCUGCCUCUCUGGCACUAAGUAUACAGGAGCAGGUGUACGGAUACAGCGAAGCUUGCAAACGUCAAGUCGGUUUAUCGGAUGGGAGUGUGGGUUACAUCCUCAGGACCUCCAGUGACCCAAAAACCAAGGCAUAUGUAUCCUGUAUUUUGAACAAAGCUGCGAAUUCUUAAUGUGACCAUAUUGCUAUAGUUAAUGUAUCAUUUUUUAAUCAUCCACGUAUGUCAAUUGCGACACGUGCAUUUCGAGAGAAGUAGCACAAAAAGGGUUAUCGAUGUUAUCAUUCAAACGGAUUGACCUCACAUAAUAAAUAUAUGAUAACCUAAACUGUUUUUUAAAUUUUAUCGUCAGUGUUGUGUGUUUUGCGAGAUGGUCUUCAAGUGUUUAUUGACAACAAUUUUAAUUAUUGCUAAUUAUGUCGAACAUUCUGGAAGUGAAGAUCUUGAGCAUAUCCGAAGUCACUUCCUCUACCCCUACUACAAGCAAGACUACCAAGACAAUCUCACCGGACCGACUCUUCAACUCCACAAAACCCUCACCUUUCAUUUACCCUUCUUUGGAUCUAGAUACAACUACACUAGAGUGUCUCUAGAUGGCUAUUUAGGCUUUAGUGACCCUCUCGUCCAAGAAACCUACCCUCUGGUCUUCCCCGUUAAGAAUUGGAGCCAAAACCACGAUCCUUCCAUAAUAGGAAUUUUUUACACCAAAUGUAUCCCAGGCUUGUUGCCUCCAAACGACACAGACCCUAGAAAACCUGGAGUCUAUUUUCGCGUCGAAAGCAACCUUCGAGCACGACCUGACCCCCUAGGGGUCGAACUUCGAGAACGGCUUAAACAGGAUAUCAGAGAGGGUGUAAUCGGAACAGACGAUUUUAUUCCAAAGCAUGCUAUUAUUGCCACCUGGAAGAACGUAUCUUUCGCUGGAGGUGGUUCGAAGAUGAACACAACCCGAUUUCUGGACACCGAUAAAACGAAAGUACCAGUAACUGUAACGAUUUGGAGCGAACCCAUUCCUCUAGCGUGGUACUUCGCACCACAAUGGGAACAAAAAUUCGGGAAACAUUGGGCUAAAAAUUUUUGUGAUAGGUGGAUACGCGACGACGAACAAUUACCGAAUUUCAGGGAACAACUUCCCAAGUGUCCGUGCUCUCUGUACCAAGCUUUAGCCGAUAAAGGCCAGUACAUGUCUGACUUCCUCUGCGACAAAGACUGGAAUCCUAAGUGUUUAUUCCAUAGAAGUGCCGUCCACUGUGUUAGGACUCCAAAUCCAACUUUACAAGGUGAACAACAAUGUUGCUACGACCGGAACUAUUUCUUGAUGUUAUCACAAGAUCAGCAGUGGGGUUCUUACCCCAAACGUAGCCACAGUUUGGGGUACCCACGUACCAAAGUACCGACUUUAUCUCAGUGGUACCACGACAUAGUCCCACGCUUUGUUUGUUGUUUGUGGCAGUCUGAAAGUUCACAAGGGUGCGAAAUUCUCAGACAUGAGAGGCGUCCAACUCAAGAUUGCGUAAACUACGAAAGUCCUGGGAUUGCUGGGGUUUAUGGUAAUUUACACAUCAUAACUUUCGACGAUUUGGAAUAUACUUUUACCGGAAAAGGAGAAUUUGUGUUGGUACGUUCUUCUAGUGUUGAGGUGCAAGGAAGGUUCGAACAAGUUUUGACUGGUCUUGGUGAAGUUAGAGCCACUGAACUAACGUCGGUGGUUGCAAGAGAAAACUCGACCAUGGUUGUUGAAGUUAGAAGAAGACCAAAGGGGGCGAGGUGGCGGUACCACCUUGACGUUCUCUUUAACGGUAGAAGGGUUUAUUUUGACAGAAAUCCAACAAAAGUGAAACAUUUGCCAGGGGUUACCGUAUACGUACCAAGCUACAUUUUCGACCAAUCUGAAGUCGUCAUCAUGUUCGAGUCUGGUCUAGGUGUUGAGGUUAUAGAAAACAAAGGUUGUCUUAUGGCAAGAGUAUACGUACCAAGGAAAUUUAUAAAUCAAACGCGAGGUCUUUUGGGCAACUGGAGUUACGACAUUUCCGACGACUUCACGCUACCAAAUGGUACCAAAACACUUUGGGAAAAAAUGGGCCCUGGGUGAUUCCACCGAUCCUCCAGCUCUUUUUACAAGGGAAUAUGGUGACACUGCGUCUACUUUUAUCGAUCCAACAUAUAAACCAGAAUUUCGUACGAAUCUCGAGAAACUCAUACCUGAAAAUCGGUCUCUUGAUCGAUUUAUAGCUGGUGAAAUUUGUCACUCGGACGACGCCUGUAAAUAUGAUUAUGCUCUCACAUAUAGUAAAGAAAGAGCGCUUAUUUCAAGACAACAUAAACACUCGAUUUUGGUUUUGAAACACACUGCUCGAGAGAGAUUUAUUUCUUGUGGUGUUUUAAAAACUCCAAGAUUUGGAAGAAAAAGUACUUUUCUCUUUGGACUUGGGGUAAAAGUUUGGUUUAAUUGUAUGCCGGGGUUUAGAUUGGUUGGGGUUGAGACGAAAACGUGUUUGUCGAAUGGAACGUGGACGCAAGGAAACACAGAGUGUGUAACUGAAAAAGCUCUAAUAAAAUCCACAUAUGUAUUAUACUUACAAGCUGUUCUAAUUUUCGUGCUAAGAUUGUAUUUUCAGUCUUCUUAAAGUUACGUGUAUAAGAGCAAUUUAUUUUUCAAUUUUCCACGUUUUUUUUAAGACCUGUCUGGAGCCGAACACUUUUAAUCGAAUACUUGCGACUGAAAUAUUCUCGAUUCCCUUUGGUCCGCAACCAACGUUAAUAAAAGUUUUACGGUGAAUUAGUGCGAUAAAGUGAUUUUAAUUGAUUCCCUUUGUCCUUUGUUCACAUCAUGAAGUACCAGAUUCUAAUUCUCACCCGAAUUUAAUAAAAAAAUUCAUUAUUUAUCGAACUGAAGGGAGCAUUUGGUCGUUGCGGAGUUCUCAUCCAGUUUAAUAACAGAGCUUUAAAACUUUAGGCGUCCUGAAAAUGUCAGGAUUGAUUCAUUUCUUUUUAUUGUUAUAAUUCAUUCACAUUUUCGUAGUUUAGGACGCCCUGUAUAUAUCCCGCAAACACCAAACCAGCCCUUUCCCUAAAAAUAGCAAAUUCAAUAAAUAGGAGGUGUAGUUCGCAUGUUUAAUUGCGCGUCAAGAAUUGAUUGGAUCGUUGCCUGUUUGGAAGCAUGUAGGGUGAAAGCAUCUACCAGGGAAAUUUACAUUUUACACGUUUUACGUGACCGUCACAGAUCUGAGUUAAUUGAUUUAUGUUAAUGAAAUAUAUGGGGUCUAAUCAUAAUAAAGGGAAGAUUAAAAUGAGAAAGCCUUGUACGCGGAAAAAUAUUCCUCUGCUAAUUUGAGUUACGGGCUUUGAGGUAACAUAAUUAUAUUAACCUAUUUUUCGCAUAAACAGCCUACCGUGGUUUAGGAGGCAAGAGGAUCAGUCGGUACGUGGAAAAGUGUUUCAUUGUACAGUAGGUGGAUUUUAUUACGUUCCACAGAAAUACGAGGUUUUAUUCUUUCAGAUAAAUUUCCUAAGAUAAAGUGGAAUUGGAAAUCACUUUGACAAAUAUGUUCGAUUUUACUACUACUACUUUAUCAACAUAAUUUGAAUGUACACUUACAAUUUCAGAGCAGUCGUUUCAAUAGUUUCUAGGAAUCACAAAACUUAGAAUAUAAAGAUGAUAAAGAUAACACAUAAUAAUAUCGAAAAAAAAGAAGAAGAAAAUCAUUAUUAAACCAAAUAAUGGAAUUACAAUUAUAUUUAAGAGUUCUAUAGUUUGUUCUUUUUGUUCUUCUUUCUGCCUUUGUGUACUUCCGUCUACAUUUUCAUCCCUCCGUUUGCUAUUCUGUUUUCUGCCUCAUUUUCUGUCCUAUCAGCCCUUUCGCUCCCAUGUGUCAUAUCUGUUCUGUCCUUUCUGCCUUUUCUGUCCCAUCUGUUUUAUCAGGUAUUUUUAUUCUAUCAGCUCUUUCUACUAAUUUUGUUAUUUCUGUCCUUUCCUAUAUUUUGUGUCCGUUCUGUUCAUUACGCUUUUUCUAUUAUUUCUGUUCUAUCUAUCCUUUCCAUCCUUUAGGUCCUUUCUGUUCUUUAUGUUCAAUUUUCUCUUUGUGUCUUACUUGUCCUAUCUAUCCUAUUUGUUCUUUCUGUACUAUCAGUUUUUUCGAUCCUUUCUGUACAUUCUAUGCCUUUUGCAUGUUCUGUUUGUCUGUUUUAUGUAUUCUUUCUGUACAUUCUGUUUCUGUCCAAUUUGUCCGUUUUCUCCUCUCUGUGCUUUCUGGAGUUUAUAUUCGUACUGUCCUUUAUAGAAUAAUCUGGGUCGUUAUAUCUUUCUGCCUUUUCCAUUGUUUCUGCCUUAUUUAUUCUCUCUGUUCAACAUAUUUUUUUUUGUCCUCUGUUUUAUCUGACCUAUUUCUUCUUUCUAUUCUUAUUCGUUCGAUCCGUUCUGUCCGUUGUAUCUGUUCUAUCUGUUCUGUCGGGUUGGUCCGUUCCAUGUUUCUGUCCGUUCUCUUUGUUCUGUUCUUUCUGUCAUUCUAUCUUUUGUUUUUAGACCCUCUUUUUUGUUUCUUCUUUCGUCUGUAUUCCUAUGGUCCAACAAUCUAACCUCUCUGUACUGUCUGCACUUUCUGUUCUUUGCUGCAUUUUCUUCUCUCUAUCCUGUUCUUUCUGUUUUAUUUAAUCUUUCUGUGCGUUCUGUUUCUGACAUUUCUAUCCAUAUGCUGUCCUUUUGCAUGUUUUCGUUUUGUCCUUUCUGUGCUCUAUGGAGUUUCUAUUCUUACUGUCUAUCCUCUCUAUUCUCUCUCUCCAAUAUAUUUUUGUCCCCUUUGUUCUAUCUGUCCUAUUUGUUUUUCUGUACUUAUUCAUUCCAUCCGUUCUGUCCGUUCUCUGUUCUAUUUUUUC